AGGAGCCGGGGCCAAGAGGGGAGAGAGACCCCGCCCCCCUCAAGAAGAGGAGCCUCAGCCCCUGCAGGACAGGGGCCUGCGUCGCCAUGGGCUCCACCGCUGCCCCGGAGGGAGCGCUGGGCUACGUCCGCGAGUUCACGCGCCACUCCUCCGACGUGCUGGGCAAUCUGAACGAGUUGCGCCUGCGUGGGAUCCUCACCGACGUCACGCUGCUGGUUGGCGGGCAACCCCUCAGAGCGCACAAGGCAGUUCUCAUCGCCUGCAGUGGCUUCUUCUAUUCAAUUUUCCGGGGCCGUGCGGGAGUGGGGGUAGAUGUGCUCUCUCUCCCCGGGGGUCCUGAAGCCAGAGGCUUCGCUCCUCUUCUGGACUUCAUGUACACUUCGCGCCUGCGCCUCUCUCCGGCCACCGCACCGGCCGUCCUUGCCGCUGCCACCUACUUACAGAUGGAACAUGUGGUCCAGGCAUGCCACCGCUUCAUCCAGGCCAGCUAUGAACCUCUGGGCAUCUCCUUGCGGCCCCUGGAAGCAGAACCUCCCAGACCCCCAACGGUCCCUCCACCAGGCAGUCCCAGGCGCUCCGAAGGGCACCCAGACCCACCUACUGAGUCUCGCAGCUGCAAUCAAGGCCCUCCCAGUCCAGCCAGCCCGGACCCUAAGGCCUGCAACUGGAAAAAAUACAAGUACAUCGUGCUAAACUCUCAGGCCUCCCAAGCAGGAAGCCAGAUGGGGGAGAAGAGUUCUGGUCAACCUUGCCCCCAAGCCAGGCUCCCCAGUGGAGAUGAGGCCUCCAGCAGCAGCAGUAGUGAAGAAGGACCCAUUCCUGGUCCCCGGAGCAGACUGUCUCCAACUGCUGCCACUGUACAGUUCAAAUGUGGGGCUCCAGACAAUACUCCCCAUCUCCUCACAUCCGGAGCUCAGGAGACCUCUGGAUCACCCUCUGAGCAGGCUCGUCCACCACCAGGAAGUGAAUUUUUCAGCUGCCAAAACUGUGAGGCUGUGGCUGGGUGCUCUUCCGGGUUGAACCCUUUGGCUCUUGGGGACGAAGACAAGCCCUACAAGUGUCAGCUCUGCCGGUCUGCCUUUCGCUACAAAGGCAACCUGGCCAGUCACCGCACCGUGCACACAGGGGAAAAGCCCUACCACUGCGCUGUCUGCGGAGCCCGUUUUAACCGGCCGGCUAACCUGAAAACGCACAGCCGCAUCCAUUCAGGAGAGAAGCCCUAUAAGUGUGAGACGUGCGGCUCUCGCUUUGUACAGGUAGCGCAUCUGCGGGCCCACGUGCUGAUCCACACCGGGGAGAAGCCCUAUCCUUGCCCCACCUGCGGGACCCGCUUCCGCCACCUACAGACCCUCAAAAGCCACGUUCGCAUCCACACCGGAGAGAAGCCUUACCAUUGCGACCCCUGCGGCCUGCAUUUCCGGCACAAGAGUCAACUGCGGCUGCAUCUGCGUCAGAAACACGGAGCUGCUACCAACACCAAAGUGCACUACCACAUUCUGGGAGGGCCCUAGCUGAGCGCAGGCCCAGACCCCACUCGCUUCCCGGGCUCGGGAAAGCUGCAGGCGUAGGCCUGGCUUCCCUGUCAGGCUUGGGCACAGCAGUGUGCAAGGCCACUCCGGCAUCAGAAAUUGCCAUCACCUUAAUUUGAUGGGGAGAGCAGGGGUGGCAGAUCCGGGCUAGAUCUGUCUCUGUUUUGCUGGUCAAAACCUCUUUCCACAAUUCAGAUUGUUUCUGAGGUGGGGAGCUAGCUGGGGGAGGGGAGAGACUGGAGGCUGGGUUUCCUUAAGGGAACAGCCUUCCACCUGUGGCCUCCAUCGCAUUCAGUUUAUCUGUAAAUAUAAUUUAUUGAGGCCUUUGGGUGGCACCAGGGCCUUUAUUCUAUUGUGUUUCCCUCUUCCACAAGUGUGGUCAAAAGUGACCCAAAACA